UUUCCGAAUUAAAACCAGCCAAGUUCUCAUUUUCUUCUUCAAUUCCGAUCCACUUUUCCAUAGAAUCCUCGAAAAAUCACAUUCUUUGGUACCAGAUUCGCCUACCAUUUUGCAGAUUCAAUCACUUUUCCAUGGAUUUCCUGCAACUUUAAUCGAUUCUCGGAACACCUAGGGCUCCUACGUCUUUAAAUUUAAGUCUUCUCUCCAUGGGUGGAAAAACCGAAUCUUUAAAUGGUGUGAAUUCGGGAUCUGUUCAAACCUCAAUGGAGACGGCUCAAAUCGGUCUCAAACCCGAUCUUUUCAACUUUUCUCUGAAAUCUUUGAAACUGAAGACCAAGCAACAAGAGCUCCUGAUUCGCGUCAGUGUUCUCGGCCUCAUCUAUGUCUUGGCGUUCAUCACUAGGUUGUUCAGUGUUCUUCGUUAUGAGAGUAUGAUCCAUGAGUUUGAUCCUUACUUCAAUUAUCGAACGACGGUUUUCCUUACUGAGAAGGGAUUCUAUGAGUUCUGGAACUGGUUUGAUUCCGAGAGUUGGUAUCCGUUAGGUCGGAUCAUAGGAGGGACGCUUUAUCCCGGUCUCAUGGUUACAGCUGCUUUUAUUUACUGGGUUUUAAGGUUUUUGAGGUUUGCAGUCCAUAUUCGUGAGGUUUGUGUGUUAACUGCUCCGUUCUUUGCUUCAAACACAACUUUAGUAGCUUAUUUCUUUGGGAAGGAGAUUUGGGAUUCCGGGGCUGGGCUUGUUGCAGCUGCAUUGAUUGCCAUUUGCCCAGGUUACAUCUCGAGAUCUGUGGCUGGUUCAUAUGAUAAUGAAGGAGUUGCAAUCUUUGCAUUGCUGCUCACGUUUUAUCUGUUUGUUAAGGCGGUAAAUACAGGGUCCCUUGCUUGGGCUCUAGCUUCUGCUUUUGGGUACUUUUACAUGGUUUCUGCAUGGGGUGGCUAUGUAUUCAUCAUCAAUUUAAUCCCUCUUUACGUGUUAGUUCUUCUCAUCACUGGGAGGUACUCGAUGAGGUUGUAUGUCGCAUAUAAUUGCAUGUAUGUGCUUGGAAUGCUGCUUGCAAUGCAGAUUAGGUUUGUUGGGUUUCAGCAUGUACAGUCUGGGGAACAUAUGGCGGCAAUGGGCGUGUUUUUCUUAAUGCAGGUGUUUUACUUCUUAGAUUGGGUUAAGCACCUGCUAAGUGAUAAGCAAUUGUUCCAAGCCUUCUUAAGAAUUACUGUGACUUGUGCAGUAGGAGUGGGUUCUCUUGCUCUUGGAGUUGGCAUGGCAUCUGGGUAUAUCUCUCCAUGGACUGGCCGUUUUUACUCUCUACUUGAUCCAACAUAUGCAAAGGAUCACAUUCCAAUUAUUGCAUCCGUCUCCGAGCAUCAGCCAACAGCGUGGUCAUCUUUCAUGUUUGACUUCCAUAUCCUUCUUUUCCUUUUUCCUGCGGGCCUGUACUUCUGUUUCAAGCGCUUGUCCGAUGCUACAAUAUUUGUAGUAAUGUAUGGCCUCACAAGCAUGUAUUUUGCUGGUGUAAUGGUUCGGCUUAUUCUUGUUGCCACACCUGCAGUAUGUCUUAUCAGUGCUAUUGCAGUAUCUGCCACAAUCAAGAAUUUGACUUCUUUGAUACGGACAAAGAGUAAGGUUCCGCAUGGUGCUUCUGCCAAAGGAACCACUAGUUCGAAGGCUUCUUCUAAGGCUUCACUUGAUCAGUCAUUGCCUUUCCAAAAAAAUGGUGCUAUUGCUCUACUUGUAGGAGCGUUUUAUUUGCUCAGCAGAUAUGCAAUCCAUUGCACCUGGGUCACAUCAGAGGCAUACUCUUCUCCAUCAAUUGUCUUGGCUGCAAGAGGUGCCCAUGGUGGAAGAGUUAUUUUUGAUGAUUACCGUGAGGCAUACUUUUGGCUCCGCCAGAAUACUCCUCCAGAUGCCAAAGUGAUGUCCUGGUGGGAUUAUGGGUAUCAGAUCACUGCCAUGGGAAACAGAACAGUUAUUGUUGACAACAACACAUGGAAUAAUACACACAUUGCUACUGUAGGACGGGCAAUGUCAUCUUAUGAAGACGAGGCUUAUGAGAUAAUGAGAUCCCUAGACGUGGAUUAUGUAUUAGUAGUAUUCGGAGGUGUUACUGGCUACUCUUCAGAUGAUAUUAACAAAUUCUUAUGGAUGGUGCGGAUUGGAGGUGGAGUUUUUCCUGUCAUUAAAGAACCUGAUUACCUUGUUAAUGGCGAGUACCGUGUUGACAAAGGUGCAGCACCCAAGAUGCUCAACUGUCUCAUGUACAAGCUUUGCUACUAUCGAUUUGGAGAGCUUAUGACAGAGUAUGGAAAACCUCCUGGGUUUGAUCGUGCGAGGGGUGUUGAAAUUGGAAACAAGGAUGUGAAGCUUCAGUACUUGGAGGAGGCAUUCACAACAUCCAACUGGAUUGUUCGGAUUUACAAAGUCAAACCACCCAAUAAUAGGUGGUGAGAUAUCUCGCUGUUAUUUAUCUGAUAUCUGGCGGCACAAAAGCAACAGUUAAUGAGCUUUAAUUUUUGGAUGUGCUAACUAAAUUUAUAGUACUGAAACUCACUUGAGCAGAGUAAGAUAUUU